CCCGAAGCGCAGGGCGUGAUCAGCGGGGCUGUGUUCCUUAUCAUCCUCUUCUGCUUCAUCCCUGUGCCCUUCCUGAGGUGCUUCGUGGAGGAGCAGUGCGCAGCCUUUCCUCACGACGAGUUCGUGGAGCUCAUCGGUGCGCUCCUCGCCAUCUGCUGCAUGAUUUUCCUGGGCUUUGCAGAUGAUGUUCUGAACCUGCGCUGGCGCCACAAGCUCCUUCUUCCUACCAUGGCGUCCCUCCCACUGCUCAUGGUUUACUUCACCAACUUCGGGAACACGACCAUUGUGGUGCCUAAGCCCUUCCGGGCGCUGCUGGGCAUGCACUUGGACCUGGGUAUCCUCUACUACGUGUACAUGGGCAUGCUAGCAGUGUUCUGCACUAAUGCCAUCAACAUUCUCGCUGGAAUUAAUGGAAUUGAAGCAGGACAGUCUCUGGUGAUAGCCGCUUCCAUUAUCAUAUUCAACGUUUUGGAGUUAACUGGGGAUUAUGGAGAUGAUCACAUUUUUUCUCUCUACUUCAUGAUUCCCUUCUUUUCUACCACGCUGGGGCUGCUUUUCCACAACUGGUACCCAUCUCGAGCGUUUGUCGGGGACACCUUCUGCUACUUUGCCGGCAUGACCUUUGCUGUGGUGGGCAUCUUGGGGCAUUUCAGCAAAACAAUGCUGCUUUUUUUCAUCCCGCAAGUGCUCAACUUCCUCUACUCAUUGCCUCAGCUCUUCCACGUCAUUCCUUGCCCUCGUCACCGGCUACCGAGGCUCAAUCCUAGCACAGGGAAGUUGGAGAUGAGCUACUCCAAAUUCAAAACUAAGAGCCUCUCUGCCAUCGGAACAAACAUUCUGAAGGUGGGCAAGCUCUUGCACAUAGUAGAUGUGAGGAGCGGAAUGGAUGAAGACGGUGAAUACACUGAAUGCAAUAAUAUGACGCUCAUUAAUUUUGUUAUAAAGCUAAUUGGACCCACCCACGAGCAAAAUCUCACUCUCCUAUUGCUACUCAUUCAGGUCCUGGGCAGCACGAUUGCGUUUUCUAUCCGGUACCAACUUGUGCGCUUGUUUUAUGAUGUCUGACCGGGCUGUCGGGAGCUUUUUUAUCAGUGAAUUUUUUCCAGUUGCUAAACAAAUGAUUCAGUGAUCUU